CCCAUCGUUAUUCAGUGUGAGCGUUUACACCUUAAAAAUCAGUAAUAAAUACGAAUCCGUACUUGAUUUUGUUGAAUACCUAGCUUUAAGGUGUUAACACAUUAGAUUUAAAAGCACGGUACUGUUUCGGGAGCCAGUUUAAUAUUUAUUACAUAUUAAUUUAAUUACCAGCACAAGCCUGAAUUGCUAACUCUCUAGAGAUGGCUUGAGCUCAACAGCUGAGAAGUCUCAGGUAAUGAAAAUGUCAACAAAUUGGGGGCUAAAAAUAAUAACUGACAUUUAUAUUCAACAUUAAAGUUUGCGAAGUGCUCUACGUCCAUUCUCUCUUUUGAGCGUCGCAGUGUUGAUGGAGGUAGAUCUAAAAAUCCACACUAGUAUAUUAGAGAGGUUUCUCCCUCCACAGCCACCCGCUACGUGGGGGUUAAUUGAAUGUACCAACCGAGCCAGGUAAAACAAAAUGGGAAACGCAUUUUCGGCUUUGAUCAGAGAAGUGAACGGGUCUAUGGGUGCCUUAACAUGAAGCAUAUUGUUAUUUCCUUUUGUCUUCACGACAACCCCGAAGACCCGUGAAGCGGCUGUCAUUCUUAUUUCCCUUUGAUAGACGACGAGGACGUGGGGAAGAAGGGAGAGAAUGUUUGUGCGGGUUUCGGAAUGCGGAGUUUGAGGGUGGGAGUGCGUUUCUGCAGCCUCCUUGGUCCUCGGAGCAGCCAAUCCCUGCUUCUGCUCUCAGGCCGAGAGGGCGGCGCAAGAGAGCCACAGCGGGAAGAAGAAGGUGGAGGCGGGGAGAAGGCGUAAGGUUACACUCGUGUGACGUCACCUCCGGGAUCUGGGAGGCGACGGACCGUCAGGUAGCGUCUCCCUGAUGGCGGUGCGGAGCAGUUCUCAUAGUUCCUGGUCUCGGAGACGUUGAAGUGGUGGUAACGUUUUGAGGCUUUCGUGAUCCCAGCUUCACUUAGAAAGACGAAAGCAGAGGGGAGGGAGGGGCUUCCUCGGAGCGGACGCGGCCUCCGCGGGGCACCGUUUCUCCCAUUCUCCCGCUAUCCUUGGACACUUGUUGGAGUCGGUCGCCCUUAGCAACCGAUAGUUCCGGAAGAGCGGGUGGCGCUUUUCUACACUUUUCUCGCUUCCCCAAAUUGGGGGAUCGCACCUUCAAACCCCUCUUACUGCACUUCCUGCGGCCAACACUUUGACACACUUUGACCCCAGAAUCAGGAGAUCAGGCCUUUCGUUAACUCCGGUAUUAUUUCCGAUAACGCCGAUCUGCGCGUGCGCGGCAUCCUGUACGGUACCAGAAGAACUCCUGGGGCAGUGAUGGUUUUUCUCCAUGUAAAGAGGGGCGAUGAGAGCCAGUUUCUGCUGCAGGCUCCCGGCAGCACCCCGGUGGAGGAGCUCACCUUGCAGGUCACCAGAAUUUACAAUGGGAGGCUCAAGGUGGAUCGCAUCUGUUCAGAAAUGGAAGAACUCGCAGAACAUGGCAUAUUUCUGCCUCCUAAUAUGCAAGGUCUAACAGAUGAACAAAUUGAAGAACUGAAAUUAAAAGAUGAAUGGGCUGAAAAAUGUGUACCAAGUGGGGGCUCAGUGUUUAAGAAGGAUGAAAUUGGACGAAGAAAUGGCCAUGCUCCAAAUGAAAAAAUGAAGCAAGUUUUGAAGAAGACUGUAGAAGAAGCUAAGGCAUUAAUAUCUAAGAAACAAGUACAAGCUAACGUAUGUGUUACUAUGGAGAUGGUGAAAGAUGCACUGGACCAACUUCGAGGAGCUGUAAUGAUUGUUUAUCCAAUGGGUUUGCCACCAUAUGAUCCAAUUAGAAUGGAGUUUGAGAAUAAAGAAGAUUUAUCAGGGAUUCAGGCUGGGCUUCAGAUCAUUGAUGAAUCGGAAGCACAAAUGUGGUGGGCAGCAAAGGAGUUAAAAAGAACUCAGAAACUUUCAGACUAUGUGGGGAAAAAUGAGAAAACUAAAAUCAUUGUCAAGCUUCAGCAAAAAGGUCAAGGAGCUCCAGCCCGAGAGCCUGUUAUAAGCAAUGAAGAACAAAAACAGAUGAUGCUGUAUUAUUACAAAAGGCAGGAAGAACUCAAGAAACUGGAAGAAAAUGAUGAUGACUCCUGUCUAGACUCUACAUGGGCAGACAACACUGCUUUAAAGAAACAUUUUCAUGGUGUAAAAGAUAUAAAGUGGAGACCAAGAUGAAAUUCUGGAUUAAGCUGCUGCUGUUUUAAAAAUUCAACUGGCCUUUCACUGUUUUAAAAAAAAAAAAAAAAGCUGUGUGAUAAAAAUUUAGAUUUCAAGUUUUUAAUUUAGAGGUUAAAAUAUGAAUUACUAAAAAAUUUUAUGAAUAAUAAAUCUUUAAAUUCA